AUGUCUCAAGUGGAAGAAGCAGCCGAGCUGCUGUUGCUUCUCCUCCUGCGCAAGCCGUAUCUACAGACUGCUAGUCUGCUAUCUCAGAUGCUCGGCGUGUCCUGCAUCUGGUCGCAGGACUGCCAACUAGCGCAACGGAAGUUCCUCACGAGAGAAGAGCGGAUUAUGCACGGUUACAGGGAUACUCAAGAGGGUGGUGUGCUGGGGUACGUUGUGGCGUUGUGGAGAACGACCGAGGCCGGAAAUGGACGGGGGACCCACCUACGGCCGGGCCCGUGCACCCCGUGUGGGACCAGGGGUCGGUACUUUCGGUCCAAUCAUAGCGGUCGCCAGAUAACAUGUGCCCCCGUACCUGACUGGAAUACAAACGUCGGUCGCCGGCUGAUGCCGGAGGUGGAAGGAGGUACUGCUACAGCCAGAUCCCUCUAUCAUUGCACCCUGGAGCAGUCAACGGGACUUUCCCUACGCUACAUGUACUGCAGGGAUUCCGCUUGGCAUCUCCCCCUUUACGCCACCAACGACGCCCCGACUCCCUCGGUGACCUGA